AUGGUGCCGCUCCACUGCUCAGCUAGCGUCCACCUCCACUGCCUCCCGCCAUCUCGCCGACUCCGCCUUGCUUCAUCCUUCCCUCUCCUCUGCCGUCGCCUCCGCCGCUCCACCGCCAUCCGCGCCGAGGCUCAAGUGCGGCCUCCGCCGCCCGCCUCCACAGCGGAGCCAGAGCCCCCCGACGCCGGCGCUGUCGAAGCCGAAGCCCAAGGGCAGGGACCCGUGGAGCUCCGCGCUCCGACGCUCUUCUCGACGGAUGACAAUCCCACCCCGCUCCAGACUGCCACCAGUCUCCUCCUCACCGGCGCCAUCUCGGUCUUCCUCUUCCGCUCCCUCCGCCGCCGCGCCCGCCGCGCCAAGGAGCUCAGAGUGCGGUCGAGCGGGGUGAAGAAGAAGCCCAACAAUCUCACCGAGGAGGCCCUGGAGGGGCUGAGGCUGGUGAGCACCUCACCCAUCGAGACCGAGAAGCCGCCAUCACCAAUCCAGGUUCUGCUCGGCGGGAUUGCGGCGGGGGUCAUCGCACUCAUCCUCUACAAGUUCACCACCACAAUCGAGGCUGCGCUCAACCGUCAGAACAUCCCCGACAGCUUCUCGGUCAGCACUUCAGUCUUGUUCUUAUCGUUUCUUAGUAGUUCAUUAAGCACUGACAUUGUCAUUAUAAUCGGGGAUUUUGAUAUCGAAAUGACCUAUGUACUUGCAAUUGUUUGUUGCUAG